AUGCUGGCAAUUCAGCUGUACGAACAGAUUGAUUCGGCAAAGCACAGAGAGGUGCCGGAUCCCGACGUUCUUCUUGACCAAGAUGUUACAAAUGACACCGAUGAAAUACGUAAUAUUGAUUGCUCUAUUUGGCUACUGCCUAGCCUCGCGCCAACAAUCGAGCCAAUCCUGAAGCGCUGCUGUGCGGAAGAAGCCGGCAUCCGGUGUCAAGGAUCCUAUCCUGACGAUCUCCUCGACGAAGACAAAACAGCCGCUGACGGCACUUUCACCCUAAAGGGAUCCGAAAGCGAGCUCACAACUAUUAGUCCUGUGUUCAAGAUAUACCAUGAUUCCCGGCAAAGCGCAAGGUUAAGUUCUCACAUUCCGUCAUCAUACAUCAGCACUGGACCGGUCGCUAAACGAAUGUUCGACAUCGGAGUGCUCAACCUGGAGACGAUUUUCCCUGGAGAAGAACGCGAUUUGAUCUAA